AUGAUUGAAGACAAUAAGGAAAAUAAAGACCAUUCCUUAGAAAGAGGGAGAGCAACCCUCAUUUUUUCCUUGAAGAAUGAAGUUGGUGGACUCAUAAAAGCACUGAAAAUCUUCCAGGAGAAGCAUGUGAACCUGUUACAUAUCGAGUCUCGAAAAUCAAAGAGAAGAAACUCAGAAUUUGAGAUUUUUGUGGACUGUGAUAUCAACAGAGAACAGUUGAAUGACAUUUUUCAUCUGUUGAAGUCCCAUACUAACGUUCUCUCUGUGAAUCCACCAGAUAAUUUUACUGUGAAGGAAGAUGGUAUGGAAACUGUUCCUUGGUUUCCAAAGAAGGUUUCUGACCUGGACCAUUGUGCCAACAGAGUUCUGAUGUAUGGAUCUGAACUGGAUGCCGAUCAUCCUGGCUUCAAAGACAAUGUUUAUCGUAAAAGACGGAAAUAUUUUGCAGACUUGGCUAUGAACUAUAAACAUGGAGACCCCAUUCCCAAAGUUGAAUUCACUGAAGAGGAGAUUAAGACCUGGGGAACUGUGUUCCGAGAGCUCAACAAACUUUACCCAACCCAUGCCUGCAGAGAGUAUCUCAAAAACUUACCUUUGCUUUCUAAAUAUUGUGGAUACCGGGAAGAUAAUAUCCCCCAAUUGGAAGAUGUCUCAAACUUUUUAAAAGAGCGCACUGGUUUUUCCAUCCGUCCCGUGGCUGGUUACCUGUCACCAAGAGAUUUCUUAUCAGGUUUAGCCUUCCGGGUUUUCCACUGCACACAGUACGUGAGACACAGUUCCGACCCUCUCUAUACCCCAGAGCCAGAUACUUGCCAUGAGCUCUUAGGUCAUGUCCCCCUUUUGGCUGAACCUAGUUUUGCUCAGUUCUCCCAAGAAAUUGGCCUGGCUUCCCUUGGAGCUUCAGAGGAGUCUGUUCAAAAACUCGCAACGUGCUACUUUUUCACUGUGGAGUUUGGUCUCUGUAAGCAAGACGGGCAGCUGCGAGUCUUUGGUGCUGGAUUACUUUCUUCUAUCAGUGAACUUAAGCAUUCACUUUCUGGACAUGCUAAAGUAAAGCCCUUUGAUCCCAAGAUUACCUGCAAACAGGAGUGUCUCAUCACAACUUUUCAGGAUGUCUACUUUGUAUCUGAAAGCUUUGAAGAUGCAAAGGAGAAGAUGAGAGAAUUUACCAAAACAAUUAAGCGUCCAUUUGGAGUGAAGUAUAAUCCAUACACACGGAGUGUUCAGAUAUUGAAAGACACCAAGAGCAUAACCAGCGCCAUGAGCGAGCUGCAGCAUGAUCUCGAUGUCAUCAGGGAUGCCCUUGCGAAGGUCAGCAGACAGCCGAUCAGCUGAUCCCGAGAGGGUCUAAGCGCCAGUUCCAAGGCCUGUGGGCCAGCUCCUGCUUUUCUUGAAGACCUGCUUGUGGAGGGACAGCAGCCAAACGAUAUUCUCCACUCCUAUUCCUUAAUCAUUUCUUUGA